CAAUCUUUGAGGGAACUUCCGCUUGUGUGGGAGGAGCUUAACCACCACGCACAUGUUUACUAGGGUAGGGGGAGGGGUGCUAACCUUAGGAGUGAAUGGUUGGCACUUGAAGUGCCAGGAGAAUGUCUGCUAAUGCUCUGGUUUGCAUUGUUUGGAUUCAUCCUAUGGAUUUUUUUUCAACUGCGAAAGAUUAAUAACAGCCGAAUUGAGAUGCCCGAGAAAGGAAAGGAAUCACCAGUGGGUGACAGCCCGUCUGCACUUCAAGAGGAUGUGCCUGCUGCCCACUCCUCUCAUCCAGGCCAACAGUGUAUAUCAACGCAGCCUGAGGAGCACAGACUCCAAGCUGAGGGACUUGAUGUGAAAGAGCAACAACAGCCCCUCACUGCACAAGAACCUUCAACAACCAAUGUGCCAAUGCUCCGAUCCGGGCUCAGGGCGAGGGAGCGUCUCAAGUUUAUUCUGGGAGCCUCGGAGGACAAUUCUUCAGACGAGGAGCCUUUAGCUGCUAAACCGCCAAGUGGUCCUCCACAGCCGUCAACCUCUGCUGCCAAGUCUUCUCGUCAUCAGACGUCCACUGAAGUGCCACAGCUCAACUCGGGCAUGAAGCCCAGCAUGUCUGGUCUUCACUUGGUUAAAAAAGGACGCGAACACAGAAAGAUGGAUCUUCCGAGAGACUUCACUGUGGCUUCACCUGCAGAGUUUGUCACCCGCUUUGGUGGAAACCGUGUCAUCGAUAAAGUGCUUAUCGCUAACAACGGCAUAGCUGCAGUCAAAUGCAUGCGGUCUAUUCGACGCUGGUCUUACGAGAUGUUCCGAAAUGAGAGGACCAUCCGCUUUGUGGUGAUGGUAACUCCUGAAGAUUUAAAAGCUAAUGCAGAAUAUAUCAAAAUGGCAGACCACUACGUGCCGGUGCCUGGUGGGCCAAACAAUAACAAUUAUGCCAAUGUAGAGUUGAUAGUGGACAUUGCCAAAAGAAUCCCAGUGCAGGCAGUGUGGGCCGGCUGGGGCCACGCCUCAGAAAAUCCCAAACUACCCGAGUUGUUGAAUAAAGCAGGAAUUUCAUUUUUGGGGCCAUCCAGUAAAGCUAUGUGGGCUCUUGGAGAUAAGGUGGCUUCCUCAAUUGUGGCCCAGAGUGCAGAUAUUCCCACAUUACCGUGGAGUGGCUCAGGUCUGAGAGUGGACUGGACAGAGAAUGACCAAGUACCCGGCAAUGUAAUCAGUGUUCCUCCUGAGAUCUACACACAGGGCUGUGUUUUGGAUGUGGAUGAUGGUCUGGCGAGAGCUGAGAGAAUUGGUUAUCCUGUUGUCAUCAAAGCAUCAGAGGGUGGUGGAGGAAAAGGUAUUCGGAAAGUAGAAAGUGCGGAUAGUUUUCCAACCUCAUUUAGGCAGGUUCAGACAGAAGUUCCUGGCUCGCCCAUUUUCAUCAUGCAGCUAGCCCAGCAUGCAAGACACCUGGAGGUUCAGAUACUGGCUGAUGAAUAUGGUAACGCUAUCUCUCUAUUUGGUCGAGAUUGCUCCAUUCAAAGAAGGCACCAGAAGAUUAUCGAGGAAGCCCCCGCAACUGUAGCUGCAUCCUUGACAUUUGAGCAUAUGGAGCAGUAUGCAGUUAGACUAGCCAAAAUGGUGGGCUAUGUCAGUGCUGGAACUGUGGAAUAUCUUUUCUCUGAAGACGGAAGUUUUCAUUUUUUGGAGCUGAAUCCUCGUCUACAGGUAGAACAUCCCUGUACAGAGAUGAUUGCAGAUGUAAACCUUCCAGCAGCCCAACUUCAGAUUGCCAUGGGCAUCCCACUUUACAGAAUCAAAGAUAUUCGUUUGCUCUAUGGAGAAACUGCAUGGGGUGACAGCAUUAUUAACUUCGACACUCCAGAAUGCCCACCUAGUCCAAGAGGACACGUCAUAGCUGCUCGGAUCACCAGUGAGAACCCCGAUGAGGGGUUCAAACCCAGCUCAGGCACUGUUCAGGAGCUGAACUUCCGUAGCAGUAAAAAUGUCUGGGGUUACUUUAGUGUCGGCGCAACUGGGGGUCUGCAUGAAUUUGCUGACUCACAGUUUGGACACUGUUUCUCCUGGGGUGAAAACCGAGAAGAAGCCAUAUCGAACAUGGUGGUGGCUAUGAAGGAACUGUCAAUCAGAGGUGACUUCAGGACCACUGUUGAAUACCUCAUUAAGCUACUUGAAACUGAGAGCUUCCGAAACAAUGACAUAGACACUAGCUGGCUGGAUCACCUCAUUGCAGAGAAAGUGCAGGCAGAGCGACCAGACACAAUGUUGGGAAUUGUGUGCGGGGCUUUGCAUGUUGCAGAUGCAAACUUCAGAAAGAGCAUGUCAGACUUUCUACACUCAUUAGAAAGAGGUCAAGUCCUGCCUGCUGCUAGCCUGCUCAACUCUGUAAGUGUAGAUCUUAUAUAUGAAGGAGUCAAGUUCUGCUUGAAGGUGGCUCGCCAGUCCCCAACAACGUAUGUCAUCAUAAUGAAUGACUCAAAUAUUGAAAUAGAUGUCCACGGCCUCAGUGAUGGUGGCCUUCUUCUCUCUUAUGAUGGCAGCAGCCAUACCACCUAUAUGAAAGAGGAGCUUGACAGCUACCGCAUCACUGUUGGGAACAAGACUUGCGUAUUUGACAAAGAAAAGGAUCCCACUGUUCUGAGAUCGCCUUCAGCUGGUAAACUGCUUCAGUAUGUGGUUGAAGAUGGUGUUCAUAUUUGCACAGGAGAGACCUACGCAGAGAUCGAGGUGAUGAAGAUGGUGAUGACUCUGACUGUGGAGCAGGCAGGACAUAUACAUUUUAUUAAGAGACCUGGUGCAGUGCUGGAGUCCGGCUGUGUGAUGGCCCAUAUGAACUUGGAUGACCCAAGCAGCAUACAUCGGGUUGAGCUCAAUACUGCCACGCUACCGCCUCAGCACCCAUUGCCCAUAGUUGGAGAAAAGCUCCACCAGGUGUUCCACAGCAUCCUCGAAAACUUAGUCAAAGUAAUGGAUGGCUACUGCCUCGAAGAGCCCUACUUUAGCACCAAGUUGAAACAGUGGGUAGCAACCCUCAUGAAGACUCUGAGGGAUCCCUCUCUUCCACUGCUGGAGCUGCAAGAGAUCAUGACUAGUGUGGCGGGCCGGAUCCCAACGGGUGUUGAGAAAGAUAUCCGUAAAGUCAUGGCCCAAUAUGCCAGCAACAUCACCUCUGUUUUGUGCCAGUUUCCAAGCCAAAGGAUUGCAAAUAUUCUCGACAGCCAUGCUGCUACUCUACAGAGAAAGGCGGAUCGAGAAGUGUUCUUUAUCAACACUCAGAGUAUUGUUCAAUUGGUACAGAGGUACCGCAGUGGCAUACGUGGUUACAUGAAGUCUGUUGUUCUGGACCUGCUCAAGCGAUACCUUCAAGUAGAGAUCGAGUUUCAGCAAGCUCACUACGACAAGUGUGUUAUCAACUUGAGGGAACAGUACAAGCCUGACAUGAGUCCUGUACUGGAAUGCAUUUUUUCUCAUGCCCAGGUCUCCAAAAAGAACAUCCUGGUCACAAUGCUCAUCGAUCAACUGUGUGGAAGGGAUCCGACUUUGGCAGAUGAGUUGAUGGUGAUUCUUAAUGAACUAACUCAGCUCAGUAAGAUGGAGAAUUCAAAGGUAGCCUUAAGAGCCAGACAGGUACUGAUCGCCUCUCAUUUGCCGUCUUAUGAACUGAGACACAACCAAGUAGAAUCCAUCUUCCUCUCUGCUAUUGACAUGUAUGGCCAUCAGUUCUGCCCUGAGAACCUGAAGAAACUCAUCCUCUCUGAAACGUCAAUAUUUGAUGUAUUGCCAAAUUUCUUCUACCACUCUAAUCAAGUUGUCUGUAUGGCUGCACUGGAGGUGUAUGUGCGCAGAGCUUACAUCGCCUAUGAGCUCAACAGUAUCCAACAUCACAAGCUGAAGGAUGGAACGUGCGCUGUAGAUUUUCAAUUCAUGCUGCCAUCAUCACAUCCCAACAGAGGGAGCAGCCCUACUCUGAACAGGCUUCCUGUCCCACUGAAUUCUUCAGGCCAAUUAAAGAUGCGGCGGCAGAGCAGUGAUCUUUUCUUGGAAGGAGCUCUAUCUCCACCAUGUCAACGAAUGGGCGCUAUGGUGGCGUUCCAGUGUUUUGAUGAUUUCAAAAGGAACUUUGACGAAGUUCUCUGCAGCUUUGCAGAGCCUCUGCUGGAGAGCCAGCCGUUUUUAGAGUCCUGCUCCAGUUUUUACGAAGAUGAGAACUUCAAGAACACAAGGGAGAAUCCAAUCCACAUCAUUAACGUGUCAAUAAAAACGGCAGACACUGAGGAUGAUGACGACUUGGUGACCGCCUUCACAUCCUUCGCCCAGUCUAAGAGAUCAUCCCUUUUUGAAUAUGGCAUCAGAAGAAUCACAUUUUUGGUUGCACAGAAGAGGGAGUUUCCCAAGUUCUUCACUUUCAGAGCAAGAGAUGGGUUCCAGGAAGAUCGGAUCUACCGUAACCUGGAGCCAGCUUUAGCCUUUCAGCUCGAAUUGAAUCGCAUGAGGAACUUUGAUCUGACUGCCGUUCCCUGUGCAAACCACAAAAUGCACCUUUACCUGGGAGCUGCUCGUGUACAGGAGGGUGCAGAAGUGACAGAUUACAGAUUCUUCAUUCGAGCUAUUAUUCGCCACUCUGAUCUGAUUACAAAGGAAGCAUCUUUUGAGUAUCUUCAGAAUGAGGGAGAACGUCUUCUGCUGGAGGCCAUGGAUGAAUUGGAGGUGGCCUUCAGUAACACAAAUGUGCGCACAGACUGCAACCACAUCUUCCUUAAUUUUGUCCCUACGGUCAUUAUGGACCCAUCUAAAAUUGAGGAAUCUGUCCGAUCCAUGGUGAUGCGCUAUGGAAGCCGUCUUUGGAAGCUGCGAGUCCUGCAAGCCGAGCUGAAAAUCAACAUUCGUCUGACUCCCACUGGACACGCCAUUCCGAUUCGUCUUUUUUUGACGAAUGAGUCUGGCUAUUACUUGGACAUCAGUCUGUAUAAGGAGGUGACCGAUCCAAGUUCUGGACAAAUUAUGUUCCAGUCAUAUGGUGACAAACAGGGACCCCUGCAAGGCAUGUUGAUCAACACUCCCUAUGUCACCAAGGACUUGCUGCAAGCGAAGCGUUUUCAGGCUCAAACUCAAGGCACAACAUACGUCUAUGACUUCCCAGAGAUGUUCAAGCAGGCUCUGUUUAAGCAAUGGGGUUCUGGGGAUAAAUACCCGAAAGAUAUGCUGAUGUGCACCGAGCUGGUUUUGGACCCACAAGGUCGACUGGUGCAGCUGAACCGCUUGCCUGGGGACAAUGAUGUCGGAAUAGUUGCGUUCAAGAUGAAGAUGAAAACUCCAGAAUAUCCAGACGGUCGAGACAUUGUUGUGAUCUGCAACGACAUCACCCACAUGAUUGGGUCUUUUGGACCGCAGGAAGAUGAGUUGUUCCUCAGGGCUUCCGAGUUGGCGAGAGCUGAGGGAAUCCCUCGCAUUUACAUUGCUGCCAAUAGCGGCGCGCGCAUUGGUCUUGCUGAGGAGAUCCGACACAUGUUCCAGGUCGCAUGGAUUGACCCCUCUGAUCCAUACAAGGGUUUUAAGUAUCUUUACCUGACACCACAUGACUACACGCGUAUCAGUGCCACCAAUUCGGUGCACUGCCACCACGUGGAAGAAGGAGGGGAAUCCAGGUACAUAAUUACUGACAUCAUCGGAAAGGAUGAAGGUCUCGGGGUUGAGAACUUGCGAGGUUCAGGCACUAUUGCUGGAGAAUCUUCUCAGGCGUAUGAAGAAAUCAUUACCAUUAGUAUGGUGACCUGUCGUGCUAUCGGAAUUGGGGCAUAUUUAGUACGAUUGGGCCAGAGAGUGAUCCAAGUGGAGAACUCGCACAUCAUCCUGACAGGGGCAAGUGCGUUGAACAAGGUUCUGGGCAGAGAGGUCUAUACCUCCAACAACCAGCUGGGUGGCAUCCAGAUCAUGCACAACAAUGGAGUCACACACACUACUGUGCCAGAUGAUUUUGAAGGGGUCUUCACCAUUCUCCAGUGGCUUUCCUACAUGCCAAAGAGCAAACACUCCCCUGUGCCCGUUGUACCAACAUCAGAUCCAGUUGAUAGAGAGAUCGAGUUCACUCCUACCAAAGCACCAUAUGACCCCCGUUGGAUGCUGGUUGGGAGACCCCACCCCACAGUGAGAGGUUCCUGGCAGAGUGGAUUCUUCGACCACGGCUCCUUCAUGGAGAUCAUGGGCUCCUGGGCUCAGACAGUUGUAGUAGGCAGAGCUCGAUUAGGAGGGAUCCCUCUUGGUGUAAUUGCUGUAGAAACACGGACUGUUGAGUUAACCAUCCCAGCUGAUCCUGCCAACUUAGAUUCAGAAUCAAAAGUUCUGCAACAGGCUGGACAAGUGUGGUUUCCAGAUUCAGCCUUUAAAACAGCCCAGGCGAUUUGCGACUUCAACCGUGAGCGACUGCCGCUCAUGGUGUUUGCCAACUGGAGGGGCUUUUCUGGUGGAAUGAAAGAUAUGUAUGACCAGGUAUUAAAGUUUGGAGCUUACAUUGUGGAUGCACUUCAUGGCUUCCACCAGCCUGUGCUGGUGUACAUUCCACCACAUGCUGAACUGAGAGGGGGGUCCUGGGUUGUUAUUGACCCUACUAUUAACCCUCUGUGUAUGGAGCUCUAUGCUGACAGAGAGAGCAGAGGUGGUGUUCUAGAAGCUGAGGGAACAGUGGAGAUCAAAUUCAGGAAAAAGGACCUGCUAAAAACCAUGAGAAGACUAGACUCCGUCUAUGCUGGUCUGGUUGAGAAGCUUGCUUCUUUAGAUCUUCCUGAGAAACAAUGUAGAGAGCUGGAGGCAAAGCUCAAAGCAAGGGAAGAAUUCCUUUUGCCCAUCUACCACCAGGUGGCAGUGCAGUUUGUGGAUCUUCACGAUACCCCUGGCAGAAUGCAGGAGAAAGGUGUUAUCACUGAUAUUUUAGACUGGAAAAACGCACGGCCCUUUUUCUACUGGCGUCUCCGUCGACUCCUUUUGGAGCAGGUGGUGAAGUACGAAAUUCUCAAGGCCAACAAAGACCUCAGUGACGGACACAUGCAGUCCAUGCUGCGUCGUUGGUUUGUUGAAACUGAGGGAACAGUCAAGGCAUAUCUGUGGGAUAACAACCAAGCAGUAGUUGAGUGGCUUGAAAGACACUGGUCCAAAGAAGAUGGCAUUCGAUCCGCCAUCCGAGAGAAUAUCAAGUACCUAAAAAGGGAAAAUGCCUUGAAACAUAUCCGCAGUCUGGUUGAGACCAACCCGGAUGUCGCCAUGGACUGCAUCAUCCACAUGAGCCAGAACAUUACUGCAUCACAAAGGGCCAAGCUCUCUCAUCUUCUUGCUACAAUGGACAACAGCAACACCAGCUAAACUGCGGAACAGUUUUAAGGCUUGUAUUAUCAUAAAAGAGUUCUGGAUACUUUUCCACAUUCAAAUGAACUUUUAAAAGUACCAUGGUAAAGAACUCCUAAUGAACCACUUUGUAUGAAAUAGUAUUGAGGCAGUCUAAAAGUAGAAUGUAAAAUGUCAACUUACAAUACCCACUACAGUUCAAUAAUCACACAAGGAUGUUGCUGUCGGAUCAUGGAAGACCAUUUCAGUCUAGGAUGCUAUGUUUGAUUUAAAAACUGUCACUGUAAUGCACAUUGCACUUCUGCUUUUCUAUAUACAUGACACUGGUGUUACUUUAGCCUUAUAUGCACACACACAGCUUUGUAUUUAUAGUGGAGGAGAUGGUUGUGCAAAACAGUCUCACAUACACCGAUAAUUGUGUAAAGAUCUAAGUCGCGGUGCUAAUAUUUAGCGCUAUGCACAAUUAGUAUUGCAGCGUAUGUAGUACAAGGGUCCUGAUCAUUUUCAUUGAUUUGUAAGCAUACAACAUACCAUCUAACAUGAAUGAAAGUAACAUAUUUCAGAAAUUUUAUGGUGCUAUGAACUAAGACACCAAAUAUACUAUUUAAUACUGAGAAUUUUUGUUUGACCUUUCAGCUACAAAUAUAACAUUUCACGUGAAUGUAUAUAAGCUGUUAUUUUUGACAAAUGUGGGAAUAAAUAUCACUGGUUUAUUUUUGGCAAAAGAAACAUUUUAUUUACCCAUUCAUUUUUUGAUGGAACAUUAAUAUGCAUUUAAUAUUCCAAUCAACAUGUUAAUCACAAAUGUAAGCUGUUGUAAAAAAAAAAAAAAAAAAAAAAAAGAACUGAAAAACACAGUGGUACAUGUUGACAUUUUGGAAUGAAGUUGGGUAAAAGAGUCGAGAGAAAGAUUUUCUGUGGUAAUAGCCAUUUGAACAUUCAAAUAUAUACAGCAAAAGGUUGACGGAAAUUGUCAACUUUCCUAGCUGCCUUUUUUAUAAAUAUAAAUAAAACAACACAGAGAUAAUAUCUAUCACAGUACAUCAUACAAAAGACAGAACUACAAUAUAGAAGGCUUUUCAAACAGAUUAGGGAUUUUAAAAAAUUACAUUUCCUUAAGCUUUUGUUUGUACUUACACAAGCAUUUCGGAGGCUUUGCUUGGCAAAGCUUGAUAUUAUAAUGUCUUUAAAUGCUUUUCUGCCACGUCUUUAAAAAAAAAAAAAUGUCUUGAUGAACUCUCCAUUUUGAUAGUUCCCGGCUGAUUUGUACAAAAAAAAUGCCUUCACUUGGUGUCUUGGACAAGAUAUCCUCAAAAAGAAUAGUGUUGCUUUAAAGCAAGACGAUGGGCUUGCUGCUGGCUGGUGAGCUCAUGUAUUGUGAGGAGAGGGAAUCCUGUGACGUGUAUGAAGUGUACAAACCCGUCACCUGUACGUCUGACAGCGGCAGGCUUGCUCCGCUGGAGGCAGGAGGGAGGCUGCUCCCCAAAUCACAGUCCGAUAGUCGCAGUGGGGAGUUAGUGAAUGUGCCCAAUGCAUCCAAGUUAAAGCUGUCGUCCUUCAUUUCCUCCCACAGGUUACCUGAAGUAAGAUUGAUAGAAUAAAUUCAGGGUUUACACUAGGCCUGAACGAUAUUGUAAAAAACUAUUGCUGCGAUUUUUUGGGGGUUUGCGA